CCCCUCCAUGGUUUCUUAGGUUUGCAAAAAUUCAGUCAAGAAAAAACAUACACAAUGGAGUCAUCAUCCUUCCGGAAAAAAUCACAUAAUUCAAAUCUCCACCACAAUUGUCAACGAUCCGUUUCACCAUCGGGUCGGUUCUGUUCUUCAACUAUUGCUUCAUCCCCUGUUAAUUUCUCCAGCUUCACUACUCAAAGCUCCGAUUGGUUGACCCGACCCACAUCUCCAACCCGGGUCAAUCUUCGUCGAUCAGUUUCCCCAUCACCGUCCGUUCGAUUUUCCAGCAAUCCUAGCCGUUCAAUUUCCGUGUUCCCACGUCAGCAACAGAAUAAUAGCCGUCCUUUAUCGUCUAAUCAGAAGAAACACUGUACGUGUUCGCCAACAACACAUCCAGGUUCAUUCCGUUGUAGCCUUCACAAAAAUAAACUUAAGAGUCGCGGUCAGUCUCAUACUACGUCGUCGUAUCAGUCGAGUCAUCAAUUGAAUAUGAGGAGAUCAGCUAUGACGAAUUCACUUGUUAGAAUUGGAACUGUUGAAGGUGAAUUGGUGAAAAGAGCACUUGCUGCUUUGAUUCGGCCUUCUUCUCAUCAUCUUAGGCGUAGAGAUGAUUUUCAGGCUAGGUCCAGUAGGCUCUCCGUCAUGUCAAAGGCCCAAGAUUUGUGAUGUAAUUGGAUCAUGUCAAAGGCCCAAGAUGUGUGACGUACAGUUAGUGUUGUUGGGCGUUUUUGGUCCCCCCCCGCUUUUUUUUUCAGUGGAAAUUAAACCACGGUAAAGUUCAAAAAACAGAACCAUAUUUUUGUACUGUUUGUUGAUAGUAUACUUAUGUAUAAUGCUAGUUUAAUUCUGGAACAGUAGAAUGAGUGUAGCCAUGUAUACACUGUAGCAUAUAUCUCACGGUUAUUAUAUUAAAAGUAAAGAAGUGUGUGCAAACGUUCAGUUGCCAAU